UCUGCGGCGGCCGCCGCCGAUGCAGACGCGGAUGCUGAGACCCGCGGGGGCUGUGAGGGGAACCCAGAUUUUCCGAUGGCCUCCCUGUACGUGGGCGACCUGCACCCUGAGGUGACCGAGGCAAUGCUGUACGAGAAAUUCAGUCCAGCUGGGCCCAUCCUCUCCAUCCGCAUCUGCAGGGACAAGAUCACCCGCCGCUCAUUGGGCUACGCAUAUGUCAACUACCAGCAACCGGUGGACGCCAAGCGGGCCCUGGAGACCCUGAACUUUGAUGUCAUAAAGGGCAGGCCAGUGCGCAUCAUGUGGUCCCAGAGGGACCCGUCGCUCCGCAAGAGCGGGGUGGGCAACGUCUUCAUCAAGAACCUGGGCAAGACCAUCGACAACAAGGCGCUGUACAACAUCUUCUCGGCGUUCGGCAACAUCCUUUCCUGCAAAGUGGCCUGUGACGAAAAGGGGCCCAAGGGCUACGGGUUCGUGCACUUCCAAAAGCAGGAAUCCGCGGAGCGGGCCAUCGACGUGAUGAAUGGCAUGUUCCUGAACUACCGCAAAAUUUUCGUCGGGAGAUUCAAGUCGCAUAAAGAACGAGAGGCCGAAAGGGGAGCCUGGGCCAGGCAGUCCACUAGUGCUGACGUCAAGGAUUUCGAGGAAGACACCGACGAGGAGGCCACCUUGCGAUGAAGACAUCCCAGGAGCUAGCCAGCCAGCAGAGCCAAACCUUGGUUCACACCCGGUUUACAACCCCCCACCCCCAGCCCUCCCCCGCCAACCCACCAGCAGUGUAUUUAUUGUAUUGGGAGUGCAGGUCUCUCUCUCUCUCCCCCUCUCUGCUCCCCCCUUCCUAUUUUCUCUCGCCACCUCUCCUCUCUUUCCCUUCCUCUCCCCCGCCCACCCCUACCAAGGGCGUUGUGAAUAAUCUUACUAAUCUGUGCCAUUUGUAGGUUAAAGGCUGCCUCUCCUCCCUGUGGUUUGGUUUAAAAAGCAUUUUCAUUCUCUCUUUGUUUACUGCACAGGUGAUACCAUUUCAUGGUAGAAACAUCAGAAAGGAGAAGGAUGUUAGAUGAGGGAAGAAACAAGAGAGUAAUUGCUCCCCUGGUCCCACUCCCCAGAGAGAACCACUUUUACCUUUUUGGUGUGCUGCUUUUCCAGGCUCUCUUCUCUCCCUCUCUCUCCUUUGCUCACCCCCACCCCGCCUUCCCUUUUAACACACUGUUAUAGAAUGGUUCAUGUAUGUGGUGUUUCUUAACCUGCUUUUCAGCAACUAAAACCAAACAAAAAUCAACCCAUUGAACUUCUUUCCAUGUUAUCAACAGGCUUAUGAAACGUCAUCUUCAGUGCCUGCAGAGUGCUCCAGUGUAUCCGUGGACCUUAACAUUUCUGUAAUCAUUCCCACAUUGUUGGACAUUCAGGUGGUGCCUAGUUCUUUCCCUGUAUUUAAGACCAACAUUGCGUGCUCUGUGCUUUGAUGAGUGAAUCCUUCCUUGUCAAGCCAAAUCUUUGCCAGCAUCCCGGUGCGGUGGUCUCCUUAACUGUGGACUUGCAAGAUCCACAUAGAGACAUUUUAAAGACUUUUCCUGUGUGUUGCCAAAAGGCCCUCUUCAUAAGCAUUGUACCGAUUUGCACUCGUGCCGGCCAGCGCAGCUAGUAAAGAGUAUGCCCGUUUCCCCUGCAUAGUCUCUUGGUCACCGUAAUUGAUGGUAUGUGUGUGUGCAUGUAUGCGUGUGUGCCUGUGUGUGUGUGUGUGCGCGCAUGUGUGUGUGUGUGUGUCUUGGCCAGCUUGGCAGGCUGCAGAGGGUAUUUCGCUGUCCUCGGUGGUUUUGCUGGAAUGAAGCACUGCUUAUGACCCCAUGCCCUGUGCCCAAUUGCUGUCCUUUUCCCUGUUGUCAGAAAAGUAAUUCAGCGUCAUUGCAGGAAAAAAAAAAAAUCACAAAGCAGACAAGUCACCAGAAGAAAAUUAAAGUCACCAGUAAUCAUUUCUGAUGAUUACACACACAUUCCAGAAACAUUUUCGUGCACACCUCUCUGAGAUUUUCAAGAACUACCUGAAACAUUUUUGUCCGUAGGUCUAGUUUUUUUCUUAUGCAUAUAUCAUAUAUGUAUAUUAUGGUGUACAGACCGUUUUUAUAUCUGCUUUUCACACGUAAAUGU